ACUGGAUUUUUAUCUGAGGCGGCAGGGCAGGCCAUCGGUAAGACUUGGCACGGUGACGGGACACGAAUCACCCCUCUAAAUGUACCCCCUUCCGACUCCUCCGAUCCUUCAACGUCCGUUCCGUUCGCUGCGCUCCUCCGCUUCUCUCUCCGGCGACAGGCAGCAUUCGCCUUAGGAUCUCCGGGUAGCGGAGGUAGACAGAGAAAGCGAAGAUGAGGGAGAUCUUGCACGUCCAGGGAGGGCAGUGCGGGAACCAGAUCGGGGCCAAGUUCUGGGAGGUGAUCUGCGACGAGCACGGCAUCGACGGCACCGGUAGGUAUGGAGGCGACUCCGACCUCCAGCUCGAGCGGAUCAACGUCUACUACAACGAGUCGAGCGGCGGCCGCUACGUCCCUCGGGCGGUGCUUAUGGAUCUCGAGCCGGGCACCAUGGACUCCGUCAGAUCCGGGCCGUUCGGCCAGAUCUUCCGGCCGGAUAACUUCGUGUUCGGGCAGUCUGGCGCCGGGAACAACUGGGCCAAGGGGCAUUACACUGAGGGUGCCGAACUGAUCGAUUCGGUGCUCGAUGUGGUGAGGAAGGAGGCCGAGAACUGCGACUGCCUGCAAGGUUUCCAAGUAUGCCACUCUCUGGGAGGAGGAACUGGUUCUGGCAUGGGCACCCUUCUUAUCUCUAAGAUCAGAGAGGAGUACCCAGAUCGCAUGAUGCUGACGUUCUCUGUUUUUCCAUCACCCAAGGUUUCUGAUACAGUUGUUGAGCCAUAUAAUGCUACUCUCUCAGUCCAUCAGCUUGUUGAGAACGCUGAUGAAUGUAUGGUACUGGACAAUGAAGCACUCUAUGACAUCUGCUUCCGUACAUUGAAGCUAGCAACUCCUACUUUUGGCGAUCUUAAUCAUCUCAUCUCUGCUACAAUGAGUGGUGUCACAUGCUGCCUCCGGUUCCCUGGCCAGCUGAACUCUGAUCUCCGGAAGCUUGCUGUAAACCUGAUCCCCUUCCCUCGCCUUCACUUCUUCAUGGUAGGCUUUGCGCCCUUGACGUCGAGGGGCUCCCAGCAAUACAGGGCCCUCACCGUCCCAGAGUUGACCCAACAGAUGUGGGAUGCCAAGAACAUGAUGUGUGCUGCUGACCCCCGACAUGGCCGGUACUUAACUGCUUCAGCCAUGUUUCGUGGGAAGAUGAGCACCAAGGAGGUUGACGAGCAGAUGAUCAAUGUUCAGAACAAGAACUCUUCCUACUUUGUCGAGUGGAUUCCUAACAAUGUGAAGUCGAGUGUGUGUGACAUUCCACCAAAGGGGCUGAAGAUGGCUUCCACCUUCAUUGGGAACUCGACUUCCAUCCAGGAGAUGUUCAGGAGGGUCAGUGAGCAGUUCACAGCCAUGUUCAGGAGGAAGGCUUUCUUGCACUGGUACACAGGCGAGGGCAUGGACGAGAUGGAGUUCACGGAGGCCGAGAGCAAUAUGAAUGAUCUGGUGGCCGAGUACCAGCAGUACCAGGAUGCAACAGCUGAUAUGGAAGAUUACGAGGAGGAAGAAGAGGAAGAGGAAGAGGAAGGGGAGGCAGCUUGAGGUGCUUGUUGUAUCAAUCAGAUGAUAUGUUUCUCUUUUGCUUGUUAAUUGCAGCUGGGCUUUUGGUAAUGCUACUAUCGUGAAAGACAUGCUUGUAUGUCUCUAUAAACAUGGUUUGAAUGUGUGUUCAUGUGAAAUUUGUGUUGCGCAGAGCUCGUGAGUUUUGAGUGCAAUGCCAUUUUCUGUGGACUGUGUACCUCUUUAAUCAAGCAUAGCUUUGUCA